UUUAUCUGGACCAUAUGUCACAGAAUUCAGGUGACAAUUUUACCCAGCAGAUCCGUACCAGCCAGCUGCUGCAAAUCAGUCACUGAAAUUCCAAGGAACCCACAAAAAGGUCUGUCUGAAAUCACUUAUGAGUACUUCAGCUACGUCAAUCUUCCUCCCAACUGCAACCAGCCAGGCUCAUGGGACUAAUCAGAGCGUGGCGGUGGAAAAGACAGAGGCAUCGUACGCUGUCCUCAAGUUCAUGGAGAGCUUCUGCCUCAUCAGCGCCGUCUGCGGGAUGGUGGGAAACGGCAUAGUCCUGUGGUACCUCGGCUUUCGCAUCCGGAGGAACCACUUCACUGUCUACAUCGUCAACCUGGCCGCUGCCGACUUUGGCUACCUCCUCUGCAUCGCCGUUGAGACGGUUCAGUACCUGAUGCAGUUCAACGUGGGGGUGCAGUUCGGGCCCUUCCUCUUCCUGGAUCUUUUCAUGUACGGGACCGGCUUCUGCCGGCUCCUGCUCAUCGCCAUCGGAGCCUUGGACUUCGUCUUCUGCACGCCCCUCAUGCUGCUCUUCAGCCUGACCCUCUUCCUUAGAGUCAAGUGCAGCUCCCAAAAGCUCCAGACGGGCAGGCUCUUCACCGUCAUCAUGCUCACCAUCCUCUUCUUCCUCAUUUUCGCCGUGCCUCUGGGCGUCCUGAUCUUCUUUGACUUCUUGGGUUACAAGUUCCUCUACUCCCCGGAGAUCGGCUUUGUGCUGUCCUGCGUGAACAGCAGCCUCAACCCCGUCAUCUACUUCCUCGUGGGGAGCUACAGGGAGCGGAGAAUCAAGUUCACCCUCAGGCUGGCAUUCCAGAGGGCCUUUGAAGAUUCAGCAGAUGACAAAGAGGAACGGGAAACCCGUGACACAAUAACUAUGUCCUCCUAACACCCUGCUGUGCCUAACACAGUAAUACUGGUCUGGAACUGAGGGCUGAUAGUUUACCGAAUCGAAGAAC